GAAAGCAAAUUAUAAUUCCAUCAUCAUCAUCACUAUGUUCUUAUUAUGCCUGAUAAUUUCAGAGGCCGCUGCAGCAAGUAGUAGUAGUAGUCAUUAUGUCCUUGUGGAAGAAGGGCCAAAGAAGUUGUUUGUGUUUGGGGAUAGCUAUGCGGACACCGGCAAUUACCCACCCACAAAUGCUUCCACCCCGUGGAGGCAACCUUAUGGCAUCUCCUUCCCCGGCAUACCCUCCGGCCGUUGGUCCGAUGGCCGGGUUCUCACCGACUACAUCGCAUCGUACUUGGGACUGGAAUCCCCGCGACCUUAUGCAAUGUGGAAGCGGAGCGGGGAAGAAGAAGAAGACGGGGACGGGAUGAACUUUGCGUACGGAGGGACGGGGGUGUUCGAGACCCGCGUGGACGGGCCGAAGAUGGGGACGCAGAUAAAGAGUCUGGGGCAACUCGUGAGCCGGAAUGUGUACACCAGACAGGACCUCUCCUCCUCCUUGGCUCUCGUCACCUCCGUUGGGAAUGACUACCUUACCUUCCUCCUUGACCACGGCAAUUUAAAGCAAGUGGAGGGUUUUGCAGAGAAUCUAACGAGGCAACUCAGUGAAAACCUGAAACGCAUUCAUGAGAUGGGAAUCCCAAAAGUAGCAGUGACCGCUAUGGAGCCUAUGGGUUGCCUACCUGGCCCUGCUUCUUCUUCAUCAAACUGCAACAAAAUUGGCAACCGCAUCACCAGGUUUCACAAUCAACUCCUCAGACAAAGGGUGGACCAACUCAACCACCACUACAGCAGCCGACCUUUCGUCAUUCUUGAUCUCUAUGCCGCCUUCACCUCUGCCUUGAACAUCCGGGACGACCGCCCCGGGAAGAGUAGCUUCGAGGAGCCAUUGAUGCCAUGUUGCAGAGGGAUGUGUGGGGUGGUUGACGAGAGGGGAAACAAGGAAUACACAGUGUGUGAUGAUCGGAGAAAGGCAUUCUUCUUCUGGGACGCCGUGCAUCCGUCACAGCAAGGCUGGCUUGCCGUUUAUUCCGCCCUGAAACCCUCUCUCCCCGCCCUCCUCUUCUCUCCCCACUACUACUCGCCGCCGCCACCGCCACCACCUCAUGCCUUCCACUAUUUAAUUUAGUCAUGACGACGACAACCUUAAUUAAACAUGCAAAAUAAACUGAUGAGGGGAUGGUUUUAUUAUGAACUACCUCAAGUUGGAUGGAUGUUCCUAUGUGUUCAUAAUCAUAUCUAUUAUUGGGAGAUAAUAAUUGUGGGUUAAAUUA